AUGAGACUCUCCGCUAGAGGCUUCGUUUGGAGUGCACUUCUCGCAUGCACUGCGUCAGCCCUGAGUGAAGCUGCAGCAACUGCUAGCAACAGCAGUCAAACUCUGCGCACCUGUGUGUCCCAGGCGCUUGUUGCGGGCGAUGUCAACACCCGCAUCAUAGACCCUAGCAAUGACACCUACACGGACGCCCGUUUGGGCGAGAAGAUUCAGUUCAAUGAGUUUCCAGCACUGAUAGCAUACGCAAAGAAAGCGGAAGAAGUGGCAUCGCUCGUCCGCUGUGCUCAGAGAUCGGGGUUCAAAGCCGUGCCUCGGUCAGGAGGUCACCACUUUGAGGCAUGGUCAGCUCUCAAUGGAACUCUGGUCAUUGAUCUCAGCCAUAUUAACCACGUCAAUGUUUCUGCCGAUACCACCACCGCCAAUGUCGGAGCAGGCAUUCGACAGGGCGCUCUGUACCUGGCGCUGGAUGAGCACAACGUCACAUUUCCGGGUGGAAUUUGCCCAACCGUUGCGCUGGGUGGGCUCGUGUCGUCCGGCGGGUUCAGCCUGCAGAUGCGUGCCCUUGGACUCGCUGCCGAAUACGUGCAGUCCGCGCGUGUCGUUCUCGCUGACGGCAGCCUCGUGACAGCCUCGUCCAGCUCGCACGAAGACCUUUUCUGGGCGAUUCGAGGUGGCGGGGGCGGAACGUAUGGGAUCAUCGUGGACUUCGACCUGCAGUUAAUGCAGUUCCCCACGUCAGCAAUGGUAGCCAUCUCCUGGAACGCCAGCAGUGACCGGUACCCGGUGGCGCAGCGAUUCUUCGACUGGGCACCGGUGCAGAUACCAGCAUUUACUUCGCAGGUGAAUGUGUACAAGAGUAGCAUCAACUUCCUCGGCCAGUAUCUGGGAGGUACCGAGAAUGAACUCCGCAAGCUGAUUAACGAGUCGGGGCUCCUAAAUAUCGGGACCCCAACCGUCUACAUAUCCGGGAACUGCGACACCGACAACUCCCGGCUCUUUGGCUAUACGAGCUACGAAUGCGUCCCGGCUAAUGAAACGAAUCGACAGAUCAUGAACGUGCUACCAGAGCCGUUCUCUCAAUACAGCGACUACCCGCAAUAUCAGUACGAGAAUGAGCCAGAGGACCCAUCCAUUCCCAUUGCUGAACCUUGGGCCCGCUUCAACCGUAUCAGCAAAUCAUUCUUCAUGCAGAAGGACAAUAUCCUUCCUGCAGCAGAUCUGAAGACCGUUAUUGAUAUGAUGGGCCAGUUAGACACAGACUCGGAGAUCUGGGGUGAGUGGCAUGCAUGGAACAUCUCCAGCGCGACUAAAGCAGACUAUGCAUUUCCGUGGCGCGAACAAGCAUAUGCGCAUCUAGAGUUUCAGGUACAUGGCUCGUUGACGAACUCAACGAAGCAAGCGACCUAUGAGAAAUGGUUUGCGGAUUUGGAGACUUAUCUGCGGCCAAAGAUUGGGGUUGCAUCGUACUCUGGAGAGAUGGAUGCUCACAUCUCAACGAACCCGUUCGAGUCAUAUUACGGCGAUAGUGUCUGUCGACUAGUUGAAGUCAAGAAGGCUUACGACCCGGACAAUUUUUUUACGAAUCCCGAUGCCAUCACACCAACCGUGCCGGAGGGGAUUAGUUGCUAG